AUGUCUCUCAUUAAUGGACGCGAUAGACAGCAAUCGCAGUCUCACGAUGGCAAAAUCCCAAUUUUCAAUGUUCUUCCUGUGCCACACUGUUUCUCGGUUAGUGACGUUUUCGGUGGGCAGGUCCAAGAUGGGUGGGGCGGAUAUUUCGAUAUUCGCUCUCCGCACUCCCAGCUAGGUCGAAUUUAUGGAGCUCAAACUUUUUCCUCCCACCUGAUCGCUGCCCGCCCUCUAUCAGGCUCAGGCAUCGACAGAAGUCGACAUGUCUUCUUAUUCAGCGUCUCGAGUUGCGAGCAAUGGGCAAAGAUCAGUUGA